AUCCUCGCAUUCUCAAUUCUAACUCCCGAGAGUUACGUUCGAUUCCGUGUACUCCGCGCCGUUUUCUUUCUAUUCCCAUUGUCCACACCUUUCCGAUGGUCACCCAAGAGGUCUCUCAGUCAGCCCGUUCUUUCACCACGUGCAUUGAAAAAGCAAGGGAACAGGAAACCUUGGAUCCCGUGGAAAGCUGCGCGAGAUAAGGAUAGAAUUAUAGUAGUUUAAUUUUGAGUAGUUAAAAUUUUGUUUCAUUUGUCGUCUUUAAAUUAAUUCGUCCAUUUUUUUCACUAAUUCAUCCGGCAAAUUAAUUGUCAUUUCUAAGCUGGCAGUUCAAGGAGAAUCCGUUGACGAUUGUGGGGAGGAAAGCGAGAAGGGAUAAACUGGCAACAUCUGGAUUUGAACGGAUUUACCCACCACUUGGAAUAAAAUCUCUCAGCGAUGGCCAGAGAGAUAGUCGAACUCCACGACGGCAAGCAGAGCACCUGCGCCCUCUUGCGACAGAUGAGCGCCCCAGUGGGGCACGAGGGCAGAAAUGGUCACGUGCCACUACCUAUCACCGCCCCGGGCAACCUACAGUGCCCCUUAGAAUUCUGGAUUCAAUCGGAAACGACGCCACUUCUUUUGUCUGCACAAAAAGCUCCUCUUCCGCCCAAGAAAGAUUUCGUUGUAUCCACUGAAAGUCUGUUGCCACCAGUCAAAGAAGAAGAGAAAAGUUCAGACGAUGAUUCCUUUGAGAAAGAUGACAAAGAAGAAACGGUUUGUUCCAUCACUUGUCAAGUGUUCGUGCCUUUUAUGAUUGCUGGAUUUGGUACUGUUGCUGCUGGCUUACUAUUGGAUAUCGUACAGAACUGGAAUGUGUUUCAAGAAGUCCCUGAAAUGUUCGUAUUGGUGCCUGCUCUGUUAGGUUUGAAAGGAAAUCUUGAGAUGACCCUGGCCUCUCGCAUCUCGACUUUAGCAAAUAUGGGAACGAUUGAUACUCCUAAAGAACAAUGGCGGAUGGCAUUUGGAAAUUUAUCUCUACUUCAGUGUCAGUCCCUGGUUUUGGGGCUCAUCGCGUCCAUGUUCGCAUCCAUCGUCGGCUGGAUCAGAGAGGGGGAAGUCAACUUCCACAACAUCCUUCUGCUCAGUUCUAGCAGCCUGCUCACUGCAUCGGUCGCCAGCUUCCUGCUCGGUUCCAUCACCAUCUUCGUGGUCGUGUUUUCGCGCAAGAUGAACAUCAACCCCGACAACGUUGCUGCUCCCAUCUCCGCCUCCCUGGGCGAUGUGGUAACCUUGGCCCUCCUCUCCUUCAUCGCCAGGUUCAUCUUCGAACGGUCAGGUCAAUAUGUGUGGGUUGAAGCCUCCAUCGUCAUUGGUAUGUUGUUCCUCAUCCCUUUCUGGGCUUGGCUGUCUUACAGAAAUUCUUACACAAGGCAUGUCCUGUACUCAGGAUGGAUUCCAAUAAUCAGCGCUGUCGCUAUUUCCAGCGGAGGAGGAUACAUUCUUAACUUUGCAGUUGCAAGGUAUAAAGAAAUUGCCGCUUGCCAGCCAGUCAUUAAUGGUGUUGGAGGGAACUUGGUUGCGGUACAGGCAUGUCGUAUAUCAACUUAUCUACACAAAAAGGCGAAGCCAGGUGUGUUAUCUGCUGAAGAACUAUGUGUCAGCCCAUUUACAGCUUGGUUUGGAAGAAGUUUGCAUUCCCGGACCUGCCGGAUCCUGGUGCUGAUCGCUGUGCCGGGCCAUCUGAUCUUCAUCUCUUGCGUGCACUUCCUGAAGAGUACUUACACCCCCUUGACAGCCGAAUUCCUUCUCUUCUACCUGAUAGCAGCAAUUCUGCAGGUGUCCAUACUCCUGUACAUGGCGCAUUGCUUCGUGCACUGGCUCUGGAAGUGGGGUUUCGACCCGGACGACGCAGCCAUCCCCUACCUCACAGCGUUCGGGGACCUUCUCGGUACCGGAUUCCUACUGGUGGCCUUCCUGGCUAUGGACGCCGCCUAAGCAUCACUGCCGGACAGUACGUAAUGUAAUUUUAUGUGUACAUUUGACGAAAAAUGUCAUCAAAUUUCGAAGAAAUACAAAAAAUAUCUUUAUUAUUUUGUACACUACUCAAAAUAAAGCCUUUACAGU